AUGGCCAGCACACCUUAUCAAAAUAGAUCACUCGUUGAAUACCGCUUAAUCGUCCUACAGAGUUCAUGGCGGUGUUCAGUAUGCCGCCGGAAAGCCGCUCCUCGCUUACCACCUGCGGCGCAGGACAGUACAGACUCAUUGCUAGAAGUGCCCGUCCUCGACGCCCUUCAGCGACGUCACUCAGAAGCAAGGCUCGGCAGCGGCAGUAGCAGCACAGCGCUAGCGCCACCUAGAUCUCCAGAACUACGCCGGCACUCAGACGUCUCCCCUGCCUCUUUAAAAGAAUUAGAAAAGCUAAAGGGCGUUGGCGGCAGUUCCACGCCGGACGUGAGUUCGCGCCGGCCGAGCACGGUGUCGCCGGCGCGGCGGCGCUCAGUGCGCGCGCCUAGACAACGCUCCUGCGACGAGGACCAGCCGGCGCCAGGACAACCGGCGCUCGCGGCUCCACCUCCUAUGUCUAGAAGAGCGUCAGCAGUGGACGUGGUAGCGGGAUCGCAGUCCCGUCGCGGCUCAUAUCGUGCGGACGACGCAGAAAGCACGCCGCAAAUUGCAGGCCUCAGCGUAGACGAGGAUCGGCCUAUCAGGCGGCGAGGGAGCCAGUUGCCAGAUAUAGCGGCGCUGCAGCAACGCACCGGUGCCCUGAGCGCUAUGGCAGCACUCGCUACUAGAGGACCAGACGCCGCGGCGGAGCCGUCUGCGUCGGUGACGGCCGCAGCCGCUGCGGCAGCGGCCGCCGCGCGGCAGAUGUCUGUCGACGCGGAAGCCAUCAAAAUUGUGAUACACGAUGUAGACGACCGCACACCGCGCCGCGUUUCUUUACGUCGUGACCCCAACGACAAGGGACAUAGGUCACGAGGUUUCGGAAUGCGAGUUGUCGGCGGCAAGCCAGACGUGAGCGGGCGUCGUGAAGCCGUUAUAGUGUGGACUGUGCCUGGUGGUCCAGCCGACAUAGCUGGUCUUCAACAAGGGGAUAAGGUAUUGGAAUGGGGCGGCGUACCGCUAACUGAGCGCAGUUUCGAGGAGGUGUGCGCGGUGCUAGAGCGCGGCGGCGACAGCGUGGAGUUGCUCGUGGAGUCCGCGCCACACCACGAGGACACGCCCGCCGCGCCUACCUCGCACCACCACCACGCGCUUUACGGUACCACUGACUACAUUAUUAAGGAGCAAGAGAGAGCGGAGCGGGCACGCGAGCGGCCGCCGGCGCGCGCUCAGCUGCAAGUGUGGUUUGAGAGCGAGCUGCGCAAGCUGGUGGUUGUGCUGAUAGCGGCCGAUGACCUGCCGCCCCGCGACCACACGCUCGGUUACGGGGACGAGCCGGAGGCCGAAAGCUGUCCUCCGGUUGAGACUGAUCCGGCGUCGGCGUCCUGCAGUCCCGUUUGGAACGCCACGCUUGGUUUCGGCGGGCUCACUGCUGACCUACUAGCUGGUCGCGCCUUGGAGCUUACUCUGUGGGACGCCUGUCCUGGCAUAGAUCCUGUGCUCAUUGGAGAGUGCACGGAACGUGCCGUGUGGUGGACGCUCGAGGAGCGCGGCACCCGAUCGGCGAGCGCCUCGCCGCGUGGCUCCCUGACCGGUGCGCGCGCGCUGCGCCGCGGCGACUUCGCCACGCAGCGCUCCGCCUCUGGUACGGACAGCAACGGAACGCCACGCUUCGCCCUAACAACGAUCAUUGUGAUAUCAAGUCUCCUACUUUCCUCUCCCUCUGUCUCUUUACCCGAACGGCACACGUGCUGGUGUAUAAAUGACGUAGACUCAAUUGGCGAGUGCGCUUCGCUGUUGCACCCCGACCACGCGUGGGUGGGAGGCUCAAGACGAGGCUCUUCCCAGUCAGAAACUCUCGAGGUGGAGGUCUACCAACUGGGGAAGGACUUCUCUCGCUCGCUACCUGAGGGUGGCGCCGAAGGCGGGGGCGGGGCGGGCGUCAGUGGGGGGGGCAGGCGCGAGCGCAGGCGAUCGUCGUGCGUGCGUCGCGACCCCGACGACAUUCUGCGCUCGCUGCGGGCGGUCAAGGGCGAGCUGGGGCGCACGCUCUCGCUCUCAGGAUCCACCGCCAGGCGUACGGCGACGGGGCGCAAGGGCAGCAUGUGGGCGGCGGUGCCGGCGGCGGGCGCGUGCGACGCGGUGUCCGACGACGCGGACCAGGUGCCGCUUGGCCCGGGACAGUUGCCGCCGCGCAACGCGCACCUCCCGCCGCUGCACGCCGAAAUCAAUAUCAGCAUCAUCAUGGUCAAGGGGCAGCUCGAGUUGGAGUGCUACCUGCGUGACGGCGACAAGUGGCUGCACAAGCGCAAGACCCGCGUCAUCCGUCGCACCACCGAGCCACACUUCAAACAAACACUCAAAUACCAGGCCAGCGAAGCGCUCGGUCGCACGCUGGUGGUGAUGUUGUGGCAGCGGUGCGGCGGCUUCGAGCACAACCUAGCGUUGGGCGGUGCCGAGAUAUGUCUGGACAAGUUGACGCUACCGCAGCGCACGUACGGCUGGUACCCGCUUUUCCCUGCCACCUCGCUCGGCGCCGACGAGUCUCCCGACUGA